AUGCCGAAGGCUUUCCUGGUGAAAAGACACCGGGCAGCCACGCUGGGAUCCCAGGACUGGGGAGAGCUCUCGGACCAGCUCCGGGGCGACGCCUACGUCCCAGAGGCCAGCAUGAGCAUCGGCCCCCCUGCCUCGGAGGCGUUCCCAGAGGACAGGAAGAGCAGCUGGGACAGACCAAGUCAGAGGAGUUCCCCCAGGCCCCAUCCAAACCUGCUGCCCCCUGAUACUGCAACAAAAUACCCUAGAGCGAAGGGGAAAGGCCCCCAGGGGCCGGGCGACUUCCCCUGCCCUGUGUGCAGCAAGGCCUUCCCGCUGCAGCGCAUGCUGACCCGCCACCUGAAGUGCCACAGCUCGGUCAAGAAGCACGUCUGCCGGUACUGCGGCAAGGGCUUCAACGACACCUUCGAUCUGAAGAGACACACGCGGACCCACACCGGCAUCCGCCCCUACCGCUGCCACGUCUGUGCCAAGGCCUUCACCCAGCGCUGCUCCCUGGAGUCCCACCUCCGCAAGAUCCACGGGGUGCAGCAGAACUACGCCUACCGCGAGCGGCGCACCAAGCUCUUCGUCUGCGAGGAGUGCGGCUUCACCUGCGCCGCCGGCGACGAGUACUACGGCCACGUGCGGCGGUUCCACCCCGGCAACGCCCUGCUGCGCAAGUACCUCCGCAAGCAGGGCGCCACCUCCCUCCGCUUCCUCCUCUACCCCGGCAGCUACUACGCCUGA